AAAAUUUGCAGGAAGUGUACUUUCUACCACGGCAAUAGAGCAGCCGAGAAUUCCAUUCCAGCAAAUUAUGACUGUCUAAUGUCCUCCCUGAUAUCUAGCUACAUUUGUGAUGACACAAUUUAACACGAUGGAUAUCGCUUCGGAACGAUAAUGAUAAUUUCUACAGGAAACAAAGAGCCAUGGAUAGUGAAGAAACUGUGUUGGUAGUUGGGAGCGACAUUUCACUUGCUGACCUGCAGGCAGAGAUGGAGGUUGGAGAAGAUGGGGGAGAAGAGGGGCAAGAUGCAUCGUCAGCACCUGAGGAGGAAGAAGACCUAAGCUCUUUUGAAUUACUUCAAACACGUAAUGUGUUUUGCUUCUUUGAUGAAAAUUUGUUGGAUUCCAACCCACAUGUGUUACCUGGUAAUGCACAAGGCAAUAAGGAGGAUUCUAUGGACAGUCCAUGUGUCGCAUCUGCUGACUGUGCUCAUCAGAGCUUAUCACACCAGUUGCACUCAAAAAAUCAGAACAUCAAAGAAUGUGAUAUGAAGUCUCAGGAAUUGUUUCAUGACAGUGAAACAUUGUCUCCUUCUGUUAGUGGUUUAAAUCAGAAAGGUGACCCCUUGUCAGACAAAAAUGAUGGCGUAAAUUGUGAUACAAAUUCCCUCAGGCUAGAAAGAGAUAAUAAAUUCCCCUUUAUGAACGAUGUCAAGUUUCUCCAUCAUUUCCAAAUGGUGUCCAUCAAGGUGAGCGAUGGGCACGACCAUCACACAGACUGGCCCAGCAUAAGCAUUCAACUUUGACAAGACCAUCACAAUGUGGUAAAAAAAGUGCACUGGAGUCAGAGACAUGUGGAGAGCUGCCUUUCAAGGAACCAAGUGUUAUUGAACUGAGACUGAAUGGAGCAUCAGCUGCCCAUCCAGCAGCUUCAUCAACUGCCACAUCAGCAGCUCCGCAGAAACCUGUGAUACACACGACUGUGAUAGAUGUUCACCCAGGGCAUGUUGUACAUAAACAUGAUAAGAAUAUGCUGGAGUGUGAGUUAUUGGAACAUUAUAGUGCUUUGCAAAGUCUUCCAGAAGAAAUGUUGCUCAAAAUAUUUUCUUACUUUUCACCCAAAGAACUGUGUCAAUAUGUUGCACCUGUAUGCCGUCGUUGGCGUGUCCUUGCUUACGAGCCUACAUUGUGGACAUGCUUAGAAAUCGACCCUUCGUGGGAGGUGAGUAUUGAAGACAUCACUGCACUUCUUGAACGUGUGUCAGGGGUGAGGGACCUCUCACUCCACGCCAGGAAUGAUGUUACGUAUUUGGAAGUCUUCAAUUACCUGAAACACUGUGAUCACUUGACGGAGCUUGACCUUGGGUUAUGUGAUAGUAUUAAUAUUCAUGUCAUCCAGUGUAUUGUCAAGUUCUGUCCUUUAAUGAAGAACAUCAAUGUAGAAGGAUGUAGCAAAAUCGACUUUGAGUGUGUGAAGCUGCUGGCUUCCCUACGUCACCUGUCCCACCUGAACCUCUCGCACUGUCGUCUAGAGAAUGACAGCAUCCUUCUCCUGGCGUACUCCAUUGACAGCAUCGUCAGCUUCAACGUCGAUGGUGUGUCGUGGAUCACAGAUGACGGUGUUGUGCCCCUCUGUGAGCGACACAAGUCCAGCCUGAAGCAUCUGGAACUAGAUGGGGAGGAGCUGACCGAUAGGAGCAUGUCAGCCGUGGCCAAGUGCCAGUCUCUUGUAACACUCAAUGUGUCCUUCUGUGACCUGCUGACAGAUGCCAGCCUAGAGUAUCUCAAGGAACUGACAAAGCUGAGAAAACUACGUCUUCGGAAGGGUUUGGAGUUUUCUGAAGAAGCUGUAGAGAAGUUCUUUAAGCAUGGCCACCUUCACAGUGUCACUGACCUUGACAUGUCCGAGUGUGCUGGCAUGAAGGACAUCAGUCUCCUGUCUCUCACUGCGUGUUGUGGCAGCAGCCUGAUAGAGCUGGCUCUACAGUGGUGCUGGUACAUCACUGACAUUGGCCUGGCUUCUAUAGUGGAGUGCUGCAGCAACCUGGAGCGACUUGACCUGACGGGGCUGCACCGCCUGUCGGGGGAGUGUCUGGAUAGAGUGCCAGAUGAUAUGGUACAUCUCCGCUUCCUCGACCUCCGGAACUGUAACAAUAUGAAUGACAAGUUGAUUUGUGAGAUGAUCCGGUCGAAGCCUGACCUUCAGGUGAUGAACUACUACGGUGAAAUGUUUGUGUAUGGAGAAGGGAGUCCAUGAUGUGUCUCGCCAUACUAGGAGCCGACAUCACAAUCAUGACAUCCAUUUUGAAUAAAGUAUUUUGCCUGAAAUCAGUUCUGUCAGUUAAGCCAGGUUGGUAUUAUGGACAGAAGUAUGAAAUGAACUAUGAGAGAAGUAAGACCUGUUUAGUAAAAAUACACCACAAUAGUACCUGAAUGUGACUCUAGAUGUCUACAUGUGUCGGGAAUUACAGAGCUAGUGGCUGAUAAAAGCAGUUAAUUAUUGGAAGUCACCAGUUGAAGCUGUAGGUUGUGUAUCUGAUGUUGUUUAUUUUGAGACAGGAACUUAACUGGUGGUGCAUAAGUCCCAAAAUAUUGGAACGUGAAACAUAUGCACAGUUAGAUAAUUUGAUUUUGUGGGAUAUUAUUUGUUAAAGUGGAAAUCAUGUUUGAUGUGAAACAGAAUUGUUGCAGUUUAGUUUUAAAUGAUUGUGUGUGUGUCCAGUCGACUUUUGUCAUAUUUCAACACCGAGCCUCUUGUCAGGCAGUUAUUGACAUCACAGUUUGUGUCUAUGUGAUAUAGAUCUUGAUUGAUGAUUCAUAAAAACUAGGAUAUGAUUUGUAUAAUACAAGAUGACAUCUUUAUAAACCAAUCAAAACCUCAGUUUCUGCGACAGUCGGCAAUAAAAAGCGUUACCCUCUUUGCACCGGUAACUUAAAUGUACUGUCAUUUUGUGGCGGUGGGGUAGCCUAGUGGUUACAGCAUUAGCGUCACGCUGAAGACCCGGGUUCGAUUCCCCACAUGGGUACAAUGUGUGAAGCCCAUUUCUGGUGUUCCCCGCUGUGAUAUCGCUGGAAUAUUGCCAAAAGCAGCAUAAAACCAUACUCACUCACUCACUGUCAAUUUGUUGCUUGUCCCACUCAUGAGUACAACUACUUAGAUUGACAGCUGUACAAACAGAUGUGAUGGGUCAAAGCAAUUAAUUUUAAGAAUUGACAAUUUUAGUUGUCAAGUUUUGUCUAGGGAGGAAGGAUGGAUGAAAGUUAUUCUUUGUGCUUUGGGCUGCAACGGACACACUAUGAGCAUACAGUAUAAAUUAUUCAUGGUAAACUUUGGGUUUCAAUGAAUACAUUAUGAGUAUACAUGACAGUGCCAAGUGGGGGCCACUUCAGAAGAAUAAGUCGUAAAUAUUAGAUUCUAGUAACAAAUUGAUAUGAGGGUGAAGGUUCAAUCCUCAACAUCGGCUUAUGCAUGGGCGGAUCCGGUGUGUGUGCGCGUGUGUGUGUGCGUGCGCGCGUGUGUGUGUUGUGGCGCAUGCGUGCGUGCGUGUGUGUCCCCGCCUAUGUUAUGAUUGUCAAAGCGAUAAGAUCACUCUGUGGAAUGAACUCAAGGAACACAGACCAAAGUUAGCCAGUGGCGUUGAGUGUUGUGAACUCACUUAACUCUUUCAUUCACUUUAAAUUGAGUUGAACUGACUGAGUUCUCUAGUUUCUAAAGUUAUGUUGGUCAUUCAGUGUGUGAAGUUUAUUUUUGAUGUUGGUACUGGCAGGCCAAGUAUUUUUGUCCCAGAGCAGAAGACGUGGGGAGUUUUUCUUAGUAGUCGAUGUUUGAGAACCAUGACUCAGUGAGCACCAUUUAUCUGUUUUCAUAAGAUUAUAUUUAAGUUGUCCAUACUUUGAGUUAUUAAUGAUAAAGUGACAUUAUAAGUCUUAACCAAUGUGGAGGACUUUGUCUGUUUUAUGCACCUUGCUGAUCAUUGCUAAUAAAUACACCAGGAGAAUAAGUACUGGUACCUGUUUUGUAGGUAUGUAUUAUUGGAUGUACUGAAAAGGCAGCUCUGAGUACACCUUCAGCCUCAGUUUCUUAUUUCAGUUUGUUUUCUCUGAGUCUGUUGUGUUUGACGAGUAUAUUUUGACAUCAGCCAGAUGCCAAAGGAUUGUUGGUGAAGUCUGUAUGGAAUAUUUCAGAGAUAUUACAAACCAAUGCAGAAUGUCAGUAUAGUCACAUGUAGUACUCCAUUGUAUAUAGUAGGAAUAAAUUAUGUCAACUCA